AUGCGCUACGCAGACCCCUCAGCCAACCGGGAUUUGUUGGGAAACCGAACUUUGCUCUUCAUUUUCAUCUGCGCCUUCGCCUUGGUGACCUUGCUGCAGCAGAUCCUGUACAGCAGGAGCUACAUCAAGAGAGGCUUCCAAUUUGAUUGGCAGAGGGGCGACCAGCAGGCCAAUUGGACUGGGCUCUUUAAUGACAGCAACAGCUCAACAGAGCCGAACAUCAGUGACUUCAGAUCCAGGUACUUUGAAUUUUACAAGGGGCCUUUAGAAUUUAACUCCACGAGAUGCCUGGAGCUGAGGCAGGAGAUCCUGGACGUGAAGGUGCUGUCCAUGGUGAAGCAGUCUGAACUGUUUGACAGGUGGAAGCGCCUCCAGAUAUGCAACUGGGCAAUGGACACCUCCGAAGCCAACCUGUUCAAGUCCACCUUGUCCAAGUGCUGCAACGCCCCUGGCUUUCUCUUCACCACCCAGAAGAACACUCCAAUUGAGACGAAUCUCAGGUAUGAGAUGGUGUCCAGCGGCUUCUUCCACAUCAAUCAGGAGAUCUUCCAAAUGUUUCCCAAGGAAAUGCCCUACUACCGAUCUCAGUUUAAGAAGUGCGCCGUGGUGGGCAACGGAGGCAUCUUGAAGAACAGCGGCUGCGGGAAGGAGAUCAACAGUGCCGACUUUGUCUUCCGGUGCAACCUGCCCCCCAUUUCAGGGGAGUACGCCACAGAUGUGGGGGAGAAGACAGAUGUAGUCACCGUGAACCCCAGCAUCAUCAUUGACAGGUUCCACAAGCUGGAGAAGUGGCGGAGGCCCUUCUUCAGGGUGCUGCAGGUGUACAAGAAUGCCUCGGUGCUGCUGCCCGCCUUCUACACCAUACGCAACACCCUCGUGUCUUUCCGUGUCAAGUACCUGCUGGAUGACUUUGGGUCUCCCCAGCAGGUCUAUUUCUUCCACCCGCUGUACCUGCUAAGCGUGUCGCGCUAUUGGCUCAACCUGGGCGUGCGCGCAAAGCGCAUUAGCAGCGGCCUCAUCCUAGUCACGGCGGCGCUGGAGCUCUGCGAGGAGGUGCACCUGUUCGGCUUCUGGGCCUUCCCCAUGAACCCCUCGGGCUUUCACAUCAUGCACCACUACUACGACAACGUCAAGCCCAAACCCGGCUUCCACGCCAUGCCCUCCGAGAUCUUCGCCUUCCUUCACCUGCACAGCCGUGGCAUCCUCCAAGUACACACAGGCACCUGCAAUUACGGCUGA